AUGAUAUCUUCUUUAAGUAAUGAUCAAGUAUUGCUGAUAACAGCCGGCUAUGAUCGUACAAUUCGCUUUUGGCAAGCACAUACUGGUUCAGUAUGUCGAACAAUUAUGCACGAAGAUUCGCCCACAAAUUGUUUAUCAAUAUUUCCAGACAAAACCCUACUGGCAGCCGGAAGUUAUCAGCAUAUAAAAAUGUAUGAUUUAAUAUCAAAUAAUCCAAAUCCAGUUAUGAAAUUAGAUCAACUACAGAAAAACAUUGUUACUCUAGGCUUCAGUGAUGAUCGUCGAUUUAUGUAUAGUGGAGGAGAGGAUCAAUUGGUUCGAGUAUGGGAUAUGAGAGGAUCAAAAAUGAAAGCAUCUCGUCAAAUGUUAGCUAGCGCAUCUGUUAACUGUGCAACAAUUCAUCCAAAUCAAGUUGAAUUGUUCAUUGGUGAUCAAGAUGGUGCAAUUUAUCGUUGGGAUAUUGCAAAUGAAAAACAAGAGAAACAUGUAAUUGAUCAGAAUAACCCAAGUGCAAUACGUUCAUUAACAAUAAAUAGUGAAGGAACAAUGAUGGCAGCUGUUACAAGUAGCGGUAAUUGCUAUAUCUGGUCCUUAACGGGUAGUUUCGGUGAAAAAAUGGCUCAUACAAAAUUAGUAAAUCGCACAUCAUUCACAGCUCAUAAACGUUAUGCUUUGAAAUGUCUGUUUAGUCCCGAUAUGACUCUAUUAGCCACAACAUCAGCUGAUCAAACGGCUAAAAUUUGGCGUACAGCUGAUUUUUCAUGUCAAUGUGAAUUAAAAGAUAAUCACCAACAAUGGGUAUGGGAUUGUGCAUUUACAUCCGAUUCACAAUACCUGAUCACAGGCGAAAAACCGGGUUGUCAUUAG